CGUCGGUCCGCCAGUCGCCGAGUGAAUCUCGACGGAGGCGGACGUGGUUUUUGGGUUCGGUACGUUGAACUGUUUUUCGCGAGCUCAGUGCUAUAGAUCCAUCGGUAGAGAUAUAAAUGUCGCUAGUAGUGGAGAAGGGGACUGUGUUACAAUUUCGCGUUAUUAUUGGCACUGUGUUUUUGUGGACGACUUCAGGAUGUAAAGGAAGCCGUCACACCAACAUCAGCAAAACUAUUGCAUUGCAGCUCAGCUACCUCUGAAUAAGUACAAAAAACGAAACAAUUGUGUCUUGAAGCUGAAGAAAAAGUGAAAACCGGACAAGUGCUAAAAUAAAAUUUCAUCUCCUCAAGAUUGUUUUGUUUGUGAACGAAGAAGAUUGACACAGCGCUUUUUUAUCGUAAAAACUUCGUGGACAGAAGAAGCAGACAGUGAACAACCCAGCUCAGUGAGUUUCAACUGAAAAUUGCAGCGUGUGAUCGAGCGUGACAAGUGGACCACGUGUUGAUUGUCACUCUUCAUGAACUAACUGGCGCGUCCCCUCGGAGAACAGUGAGAUGUGGACAUUGUUCAGCAAUUUGUCCAAUUCAGUUGCUCAGUUUGGAUUAAGUGACUCGUCGUAACGACACAACAAGUGUGUGCUCUCUUUGAAUCUCAAUUUUUUUAACGAAAACCAAGUGAACCCCGACAAUGCCACCCACCGAAGCCACAGUUCCGCUGGCGGAACCGGCCAAGAAUCCCCAGAUUGUCGCAGCUGGGAACGGCGCAACCCAGAAGAACGGUGUCAACGGUGACUAUCGCAGGAAAUCAUCGACCGUGCCGGCGGGCGAAGAACUUGGCGCGUCGGAGGGCGAAUCCGCUGGCAAUGUGGCGCAACUGAGCUGGCUCGGAAGGCUUUCGUACAACGUGUCGAUUGCGAUUGGACAGUUUUUCUACAGAUUGGGCGUCCACAUCGCCAACAACCCAUGGCGCACGAUUGCGCUCAGCUGGCUCGUUGUGGGCCUGUGCGGGCUAGGCUUCUUCCGCUUCCACCAGGAGAAGAGCCCCAUGAAGCUGUGGGUGCCGCAGAACUCCAAGUUCCUGCACGACACCAACUGGAUGAUCGAACACUUCAAGGAGGGUAACCGCGUGGAGACGGUAAUGCUGACGGGUUCGGACGUCCUGCGGCCCGAGGUGCUGCAACGGUUGGCCAACAUCACUGAGGACAUCGUGUCGGUCGCCGUGACCAACAGCAGGGGUGCGACGGUCAGCUGGAAGGAGGUUUGCUUCAAAGUGCCUUUGAUCGCGGAAUAUACGGCAAAGAGUCGGCGAAGACGUGAGGAAACGGUUGCUCCAACAAAACGCACCAAGAAGCCCAGACCUUUCAUGAACCCUAGCGUGGACCUUCCCAACUUUAUGUACUGCCCAAUCAUCAACAGACUACCAGUGGGUUGCAUGGAGCUCAGCAUACUGGAGCUGUGGAAGUACGAUCGCGAAGUGAUCGCCGGGUUGACCAAGGAAGACAUUCUGGAAAAGCUCAACAGCACCAAGAUCAGUCCGGUCACCGGGCACACGAUCGACUACUCGGACCUGCUGGGUGGCAUCGAGCGGGACGAGAGUGGGCGUAUUGUGGGGGCGGCCUCGCUGGUGUCUCACUGGAUGGUCCACGUCAACUACAGCGAGGUGGACGCCGAUGUGAGUGGAAAUGCUGCUGGUACUGAGGAUUGGGUCACGGAGGAUUCCAUGCUGUGGGAGGCGGCGUUCUUGGACAAGCUGCACGUGAUCAAGGGCGAGAAGGUCGAGGAAGGAUCGCUGUUGUACUACGCUGCGGGGCGCAGCUACGGAGAUAUCAGUGCGGACUCCAUGUUUAAGGACAUUGACAAGCUGGUGUUUGGAGGUGUGAUCAUGUUUGUCUACAUGCAGUUGGUGCUGUCCAAGUUCAGCUGGACGGAGUUUAGGAUAAUGUUGGGCUCGGUGGGUCUACUCAGCGUCGGCAUGGGCUUCGUGGCUGGAUGCGGCAUUGUGGCCCUCAUCGGGGUCUCGUACGGCCCUGUGCACACGUGUUUACCCUUUCUGCUGAUGGGUCUCGGCGUUGACGACAUUUUCGUGAUGAUGGCCUGCUACCGAAAGAUUCACGACACCCACUCGAAUCUACCGCUGGCCGAACGGAUGGGUCUUACGUUGAAGCAUGCUGGGGCGUCCAUUACGGUGACAUCGCUCACGGACAUUGUGGCCUUCGCGGUCGGAUCGAUUACGGUGCUGCCGUCGCUGCAGUCGUUUUGCAUCUACGCCGCGUUUGGAGUUUUAAUGAUGUACCUGUUUGUGAUAACGUUCUACGUGGCGGUUUUCACCCUGGACGAAAGGAGAAUCGCUGCGCGAAGAAACUCUUUCGUGCCGUGGGUGAUCCACGACGAAAAGUCUACCAGACUUUGGUGCCAGUACGACCUUAUGCACCGAGCGCUGAACACCGUCUACUCGAAGGUCAUCCUGACCAAGCUGGGCAAAACCGUCAUCAUUUUGACGGUGGUUAUCAUGACGGGUCUCAACAUUCAGAACUUGCUUAAUCUAAGGCAGAAGUUUGACCCGCACUGGUUCAUUCCAGAGGACACCUAUUACAGCAAGUUUGUCCUGAAAACGCGCCAGCAAUUCCCAAACAAUGGAUACGAAGCAAUGCUGCUCUUCGGUAGCUACAACUACACAGCCGAGUUGAAAGGUCUGCUUCACCUUACUCACGAGCUUGAAAAUCGCACCGACAUCCUGCACACCGUCAAUUCCUGGCCUGCGGCGUUCCAGGACUUUGUCCACACCUAUUACGAUAAGGACAUCGGCGAAGUUGUGCUGAGCGAAUCGAAAUUCCGCGACUAUCUGUCAAAGUUCCUGUUCAGCAAUGACGGUGGCCGCUACCAGAUGAACUUCAAGUUCGCCUCCAAGCUUACCUGCGGAGAACCGGUCCCGAACAUAACUGUUACUACCAUCGACUUCAAGUUCAAGCCGUUCUCGGAACGCGAGCAGUACAUUCCGGCCAAGUACGCCGUCGAGGAGAUCCUCUCGCAUCAUCAGUUCCAAUCCGGGGACCAGUACAAAACGCUGUGGGCCAAAAUCUUCGGCAACUGGGUCACGGACGAGAUCAUCGACACCGAAAUCUACCGCAACGUCGCGCUCGCCAUGGUCGGCGUCAUGUUCUGUUCGGCGGUCCUAAUCGUCAAUCCCCAAAUCUGCUUCUGGAUCUUCAUUUGCGUCCUGCUCACCAUCCUCAACGUCGGCGGUUUCAUGCAACAGUGGGGUCUUACCCUCGACCUCUGCUCAUGUAUCGCUCUCCAGCUUGCCGUAGGACUCUGCGUUGACUACGCGGCGCACAUUGGACACACCUUCCUAACGGUCAGCCAGGGAAACCGCAACAAGCGAACACUUGAAACCGUGCUCCACAUCGGCGCAGCCGUUCUGUACGGCGGUGGAUCCACAAUCCUAUCCCUCGCAGUCCUGUCCGGUUCCGAGGCGUACACCUACCGGACGUUCUUCAAAAUAUUCCUCCUGGUAAUUCUACUCGGCCUGUUCCACGGCCUCGUCCUACUCCCAGUGAUCCUCAGCCUGGUCGGUCCUCCCCCGUACAGCGGGUUCGUUGACGAUCCGCACAAACUGCCCAGUGACAUCGAGAAGGAAAUGCAACCCAUCACCGACGAUCAGAAGCGAAACAGUCGCGCGAACGGGAAGCUAGCCCAAAGCGAGGACGAGAAGACACCGAUCAACGAGCUAGCUUAAGCGCACAAACCACGCGUUAAGGGCGUUCCAUGACUUAAACUUCUAAGUGCUAAGCGUAGUGAGUUCAACGGGAGCACAAAGUGCACAAAACAGCAUUGUUCGAUAUCGCCGCCGUUGCUGCUGCCGAAAAGUGUGGUGCAAGAACGGCAGGUGUGUCGAGAGGCCAUUGUGAUUCUAAUCAAUUAAGGUUGGAGAAGUAUUAUUAUUAUUUUUCGGAAGUCAUUACCUUUUAAGAAAAUCUGGAUCAGUGAAAAU